AAAACCUGUCUCAAUUCCUUUCACUUUCUCACACCCAAUUCACUCACAACAUAGCUAGCUAGUGAACAGUAUCUCCUAAACAAAGAAUGGCUUCAAGAACCACAAGCUCCAUAGCCCUUUUCUUGGCUCUCAAUCUCCUCCUUUUCACAACAAUCUCCGCCUGCGGUAGCUGCACUCCGUGCGGUGGAGGUUGCCCCUCUCCAAAGCCAAAGCCAACCCCUAAACCUAAACCAACCCCAAGCCCUAGCUCUGGCUCGCCCUUAAGGCUAACGUUCUUGGAAUUAACCUGAACCUCCCAAUCUCUCUAAGUCUGCUCCUCAAUGUUUGCAGCAAACAGCUUCCUCCAGGCUUCCAAUGCGAAUAACCAUAUAUAUUGAUAUAUUUUAAACACAUUUAUGUGUAUAUUUUAUCUUCUUGUUUUAAAGAGACAAGGUGAACCUAUAUACCCUUUAUUAUUGUGUUUUUAUAUACUUUACUUGGUGAUUUCUUCUAUUCUUCUUGUUAUGGUGUUCACUGGAGUCUUUUUGUCUCUUUCGGUGUGGUCCGUAAGAUUCUUGAAAUUUUACAGUUUUAUUAUUUCUCAUUACUCUUAUCGGGAAUAUUGCUAUAUUGGUUUGUAUUACGAUUCUAUGAUUAAUAAAGCAUUAAAUUUUUAUUUUA